CUUACCUGACUGUUGACAUUUAUCCGGUGCUAUUUAUUGUUCAUGUUUGCUAUUUCGUGAGGAGUCUGGCGCAGCCGCAUAUUCCAAUGCGGUUUGAAAUGACAUCUGGUCGUUUUCAAAUGUCCGAUGGAUCGUCUGAACAUCUGAAGAAGUUUGUGUUUUCGAGCAAGCCACGAGUGAAUAGUAAUACGCCGGAAGAAAAAGUUGAAAUCAUAAUCCCCGAGCUUUUGCAGGCCGGUUAUUCAUUUUAUACUUGGCCUUGUGCACCAGUUCUUGGGUGGUUCCUUUGGGAACGUCGUCACGAUUUGGUAGAUAAGCGUAUUCUUGAGAUAGGAUCAGGCACGGCAUUGCCAGGAAUUCUUGCUGCAAAGUGUGGAGCACAAGUUACCCUAAGUGAUAGUUGCAUUCUUCCCAAAUCGCUUGCACAUAUCGAACGUUGCUGCCGAGCUAAUAAUUUAAUUCCUGGACAGGAUAUUGAUGUCCUUGGCAUUAGUUGGGGUUUACUUUUAAAUAGUGUUUUCAGUUUAGGACCUAUUGACUUCAUUAUUGGGGCUGAUUGUUUCUACGAUCCGUCAGUUUUCGAGGAUAUUCUUGUUACCAUAUCGUUUCUUUUAGAUCAGAAUCCUGGUGCUAAGUUUAUAUUUUCAUAUCAGGAGCGUAGUACAGAUUGGUCAAUUGAGGCGUUGUUGAAAAAGUGGGAUUUACGGUGUUUUAGCAUUAAUUCCGAGAAUAUUGGUAAAGUUUCUGGAGUAAAUAUACACGAUUUUAUGGGAGGUCAUACAAUACACUUACUGGAAAUAACGCGAUAAUCUUGUGUCCUUACUAAACUGGCAAACAUGUCG